AUGGCCAUUUUUAAUGAACCAUUCGCAUUAGCUAACAAAGAAGUUGCAGGGUACAAGAUUUAUGGCUUUCCGUACUCCACCAACACUUGGCGCGUCUUGGCCGUUCUACAUGAGAAAGGUCUUUCUUACUAUCCCAUCACCGUCAACUUGAGAACCGGUGAACAGAAGACGCCAAGUUUUCUCUCUAUUAAUCCGUUUGGUCAAGUCCCAGUUUUACUAGACGGGCAUCUUAAGUUGACUGAAUCCCGAGCCAUAUCACUAUACAUCGAGAAAGUUCAUAGUUCAAGAGGCACAAAACUCCUGAAUCACAAAGACUACAAGAAAAUGGGAACAGAAACAAUGUGGAUGUAUAUCGAAUCUUUUAAGUUCGAUCCACCCGCAACGAUACUCACUUUGGAGCUAGCCAUCAAGCCUAUGACAGGUCUAAAGACGGACUACAAAGUUGUAAAUGAAACCGAGCCACAGCUAGAGAAGGUUCUAGAUAUCUACGAAGAACAGCUGAAAAAAUCGAGAUUCUUGGCUGGUAACAGAUUCACAUUAGCUGAUCUUUUCCACCUUCCUAAUAUAGAAUACCUUAUGAACACAACUACAAAGAGACUGUUCGAAAAACGGCCUAACGUACACAGGUGGGUGACUAAGAUUAUGGCUAGACCGGCUUGGAAGAAAGCUUGUGACCCCAACGCUUGGUACGAUAAGUAG